AGGCAGUAGGGACUUUUCUGCGGGGUCUGGAUUGGAAAUACAGAGGACCGGACCCUACUUGUAUGAUUGGAGUCUAACGGAAAAAAAUAACUUCCCCCCUCGCCUCAAAGAGUCUACAUGUCUAAUAUUUAGACAUGUUCAGCUUUGUGGAUAUUCGGUUAGCGCUGUUGCUCAGCGCAACAGUGCUUUUGGCAAGAGGACAAGGCGAGGACGAUCGCACCGCCGGCAGCUGUACGUUGGACGGCCAAUUCUACAACGACAGAGAUGUCUGGAAACCCGAGCCAUGCCAGAUCUGCGUGUGCGACAGCGGCACCGUCAUGUGCGACGAAGUUAUCUGCGAGGACACAUCGGACUGCCCCAAUCCAGUGAUCCCCCACGACGAAUGCUGCCCCAUCUGCCCCGAUGACGGCUUCCAGGAGCCAAAGGUUGAGGGACCCCAGGGUGAUCGUGGAGCCAAGGGAGAGCCAGGACCUGCUGGUUUCCCCGGCAACAACGGUAUUCCCGGCCAGCCCGGCCUUCCUGGACCCCCAGGCCCCCCUGGACCCCCUGGUCUUGGCGGAAACUUCUCCCCUCAGAUGUCUGGUGGUUUUGAUGAGAAGAGCGGCGGUGGCAUGUCCAUGCCCGGCCCCAUGGGCCCCAUGGGUCCCCGUGGUCCCCCUGGACCUCCUGGCUCAAGUGGACCUCAGGGUUUCACUGGCCCCCCUGGUGAGCCUGGUGAGGCUGGUUCUUCUGGUCCCAUGGGRCCCCGUGGUCCUGCUGGUCCCCCUGGCAAGAACGGAGAUGAUGGUGAGUCUGGCAAGCCUGGUCGCCCCGGUGAGCGUGGAGCUUCCGGCCCACAGGGAGCUCGUGGAUUCCCCGGAACCCCCGGCCUUCCCGGCAUCAAGGGACACAGAGGAUUCAGCGGUCUGGAUGGAGCUAAGGGAGAGUCUGGCCCUGCUGGACCCAAGGGAGAGGGUGGUGCAUCCGGUGAGAACGGAGCCCCUGGAGCCAUGGGACCCCGUGGUCUGCCUGGUGAGAGAGGUCGUUCUGGUCCCAACGGAGCUGCUGGUGCUCGUGGUAACGAUGGUGCUGCUGGUGCUGCUGGUCCUCCUGGCCCCACUGGCCCCGCUGGUGCCUCUGGUUUCCCCGGUGGCCCUGGAGCCAAGGGAGAGGUUGGUGCCCAGGGAGCUCGUGGUGGCGAGGGACCCCAGGGAUCCCGUGGAGAGGCUGGUAACCCCGGACCCGCUGGCGCUGCAGGCCUUGCUGGAAACAACGGUGCUGAUGGAAGCCCCGGUACCAAGGGUGCCCCUGGUUCUUCUGGUAUUGCUGGCGCUCCUGGCUUCCCUGGACCCCGUGGACCCCCCGGACCCCAGGGUGCUGGUGGAGCUCCCGGACCCAAGGGUAACACUGGUGAGGUUGGUGCUAAUGGAGCCAAGGGAGAGGCUGGCGCUAAGGGAGAGUCUGGCCCCGCUGGAGUCCAGGGACCCGCCGGCCCUGCUGGUGAGGAAGGCAAGAGAGGAGGCCGUGGUGAGCCCGGUGCUGCUGGUGCCCGUGGAGCCCCCGGCGAGCGCGGUGGCCCUGGAAGCCGUGGUUUCCCUGGUUCUGAUGGAGCUUCUGGCCCCAAGGGUGGCCCUGGCGAGCGUGGUGGUGCCGGAGUUGCUGGAGCUAAGGGUAACACUGGUGAGCCUGGCCGCAACGGCGAGCCUGGUAUGCCUGGAUCCAAGGGUAUGACUGGUAGCCCUGGCAGCCCUGGUCCCGAUGGCAAGACUGGCCCCUCUGGUAACGGUGGUCAAGAUGGUCGCCCCGGACCUCCCGGCCCCGUUGGAGCCAGAGGCCAGCCCGGAGUCAUGGGAUUCCCUGGACCUAAGGGAGCCGGAGGUGAGGGUGGCAAGCCUGGUGAGAGAGGAGUCAUGGGACCCGGUGGUGCUGUUGGCGCUCCCGGCAAAGAUGGUGAUGUUGGUGCUCCUGGUGCCCCCGGUGUUGCCGGACCUUCUGGAGAACGAGGCGAGCAGGGAGCCGGUGGCCCCUCUGGAUUCCAGGGACUUCCAGGACCCCAAGGUGCUAUUGGUGAGACUGGCAAGCCCGGAGAGCAGGGUCUUCCCGGUGAGGGUGGUGCCCCUGGCUCUGCUGGAUCCAGAGGUGACAGAGGUUUCCCCGGUGAGCGCGGUGGCCCCGGCCCAUCUGGACCCGCUGGUGCCCGUGGCUCUCCAGGCUCUGCUGGUAACGAUGGUGCUAAGGGAGAGGCUGGUGCUGCAGGUGCCCCCGGUGGCCAGGGACCCCCUGGCCUGCAGGGAAUGCCCGGAGAGCGUGGUGCUGGUGGUCUGCCAGGCCUGAAGGGAGACAGAGGUGACCAAGGAGUCAAGGGUGUUGAUGGCGCCGGUGGUAAGGAUGGCGUCCGUGGUAUGACUGGCCCCAUCGGACCCAACGGCCCUGCUGGCUCUCCUGGUGACAAGGGAGAGACUGGCGCUCCUGGACCUGGUGGACCUUCUGGUGCCCGUGGUGCACCUGGUGAGCGUGGUGAGUCUGGUGCCCCUGGACCCGCUGGAUUCGCUGGGCCUCCUGGUGGAGAUGGUCAGCCUGGUGCUAAGGGAGAGGCUGGAGAUAACGGUGCCAAGGGUGACGGUGGUGCCCAGGGACCCGCUGGACCUACUGGAGCCCCUGGACCUCAGGGUCCCGCUGGAAACACCGGAGCUAAGGGCGCACGUGGUUCUGCUGGUCCCCCUGGUGCCACUGGUUUCCCCGGUGCUGCUGGCAGAGUUGGACCUCCCGGCCCAUCUGGCAACAACGGACCCCCCGGACCCGCAGGCCCUGGUGGAAAGGAAGGACAGAAGGGUAACCGUGGUGAGACUGGCCCCGCCGGUCGUCCUGGUGAGCUCGGCGCUGCCGGACCCCCUGGCGCCCAGGGAGAGAAGGGACAGCCUGGUGGAGAUGGUCCCAAUGGACCCUCUGGAACUCCCGGACCUCAGGGUAUUGGUGGACAGCGUGGUAUUGUUGGUCUGCCCGGACAGAGAGGCGAGCGCGGUUUCCCCGGCCUCGCCGGACAACUGGGAGAGCCUGGCAAGCAGGGACCUGGUGGCCCCUCUGGUGAGCGUGGACCUCCCGGACCCAUGGGACCCCCUGGACUGGCUGGAGCACCUGGCGAGUCUGGUCGCGAGGGAACUCCUGGUAACGAGGGAUCUUCUGGUCGCGAUGGUGCUGCUGGACCCAAGGGAGAGCGUGGUGAGUCUGGUGCUGCCGGUGCUUCCGGUGCCCCCGGACCCCCUGGCGCCCCUGGAACCGUCGGCCCUGCUGGAAAGUCUGGUGACCGUGGAGAGUCUGUAAGUGUCCAGAUCCUCUAUCUAUCUUCACCUCAACAGGGAGAGGUUGGUGCCCAGGGAGCUCGUGGUGGCGAGGGACCCCAGGGAACCCGUGGAGAGGCUGGUAACCCAGGACCCGCUGGCGCUGCUGGCCCUGCUGGAAACAACGGUGCUGAUGGAAACCCCGGUACCAAGGGUGCCCCUGGUUCUGCUGGUAUUGCUGGCGCUCCUGGCUUCCCUGGACCCCGUGGAUCCCCCGGACCCCAGGGUGCUGGUGGAGCUCCCGGACCCAAGGGUAACACUGGUGAGGUUGGUGCUACUGGAGCCAAGGGAGAGGCUGGUGCUAAGGGAGAGUCUGGCCCCGCUGGAGUCCAGGGACCCGCCGGCCCUGCUGGUGAGGAAGGCAAGAGAGGGUCCCGUGGUGAGCCCGGUGGUGCUGGUGCRCGUGGAGCCCCCGGCGAGCGCGGUGGACCUGGUAGCCGCGGUUUCCCUGGUGCUGAUGGAUCUGCUGGCCCCAAGGGUGGCCCUGGUGAGCGUGGUGGCGCCGGAGUUGCUGGAGCUAAGGGUAACACUGGUGAGCCUGGCCGCAACGGCGAGCCUGGUAUGCCUGGAUCCAAGGGUAUGACUGGUAGCCCUGGCAGCCCUGGUCCCGAUGGCAAGACUGGCCCCUCUGGUAACGGUGGUCAAGAUGGUCGCCCCGGACCUCCCGGCCCCGUUGGAGCCAGAGGCCAGCCCGGAGUCAUGGGAUUCCCUGGACCUAAGGGAGCCGGAGGUGAGGGUGGCAAGCCUGGUGAGAGAGGAGUCAUGGGACCCGGUGGUGCUGUUGGCGCUCCCGGCAAAGAUGGUGAUGUUGGUGCUCCUGGUGCCCCCGGUGUUGCCGGACCUUCUGGAGAACGAGGCGAGCAGGGAGCCGGUGGCCCCUCUGGAUUCCAGGGACUUCCAGGACCCCAAGGUGCUAUUGGUGAGACUGGCAAGCCCGGAGAGCAGGGUCUUCCCGGUGAGGGUGGUGCCCCUGGCUCUGCUGGAUCCAGAGGUGACAGAGGUUUCCCCGGUGAGCGCGGUGGCCCCGGCCCAUCUGGACCCGCUGGUGCCCGUGGCUCUCCAGGCUCUGCUGGUAACGAUGGUGCUAAGGGAGAGGCUGGUGCUGCAGGUGCCCCCGGUGGCCAGGGACCCCCUGGCCUGCAGGGAAUGCCCGGAGAGCGUGGUGCUGGUGGUCUGCCAGGCCUGAAGGGAGACAGAGGUGACCAAGGAGUCAAGGGUGUUGAUGGCGCCGGUGGUAAGGAUGGCGUCCGUGGUAUGACUGGCCCCAUCGGACCCAACGGCCCUGCUGGCUCUCCUGGUGACAAGGGAGAGACUGGCGCUCCUGGACCUGGUGGACCUUCUGGUGCCCGUGGUGCACCUGGUGAGCGUGGUGAGUCUGGUGCCCCUGGACCCGCUGGAUUCGCUGGGCCUCCUGGUGGAGAUGGUCAGCCUGGUGCUAAGGGAGAGGCUGGAGAUAACGGUGCCAAGGGUGACGGUGGUGCCCAGGGACCCGCUGGACCUACUGGAGCCCCUGGACCUCAGGGUCCCGCUGGAAACACCGGAGCUAAGGGCGCACGUGGUUCUGCUGGUCCCCCUGGUGCCACUGGUUUCCCCGGUGCUGCUGGCAGAGUUGGACCUCCCGGCCCAUCUGGCAACAACGGACCCCCCGGACCCGCAGGCCCUGGUGGAAAGGAAGGACAGAAGGGUAACCGUGGUGAGACUGGCCCCGCCGGUCGUCCUGGUGAGCUCGGCGCUGCCGGACCCCCUGGCGCCCAGGGAGAGAAGGGACAGCCUGGUGGAGAUGGUCCCAAUGGACCCUCUGGAACUCCCGGACCUCAGGGUAUUGGUGGACAGCGUGGUAUUGUUGGUCUGCCCGGACAGAGAGGCGAGCGCGGUUUCCCCGGCCUCGCCGGACAACUGGGAGAGCCUGGCAAGCAGGGACCUGGUGGCCCCUCUGGUGAGCGUGGACCUCCCGGACCCAUGGGACCCCCUGGACUGGCUGGAGCACCUGGCGAGUCUGGUCGCGAGGGAACUCCUGGUAACGAGGGAUCUUCUGGUCGCGAUGGUGCUGCUGGACCCAAGGGAGAGCGUGGUGAGUCUGGUGCUGCCGGUGCUUCCGGUGCCCCCGGACCCCCUGGCGCCCCUGGAACCGUCGGCCCUGCUGGAAAGUCUGGUGACCGUGGAGAGUCUGGUCCUGCUGGCCCCGCUGGUAUUGCUGGCCCUGCUGGUCCCCGUGGUUCAUCUGGACCCGCUGGAGCUCGUGGAGACAAGGGAGAGGCCGGCGAGGCUGGAGAGAGAGGCAUGAAGGGACAUAGAGGAUUCACUGGCAUGCAGGGCCCCUCUGGCCCCUCUGGACAAUCUGGAGAGUCAGGACCUGCUGGAGCCUCUGGCCCCGCUGGACCUAGAGGACCUUCUGGAUCWGCUGGUMCCGCCGGUAAYGAUGGRAUGAGCGGUCUGCCCGGCCCCAUCGGACCUCCCGGACCCCGUGGUCGCUCUGGAGAGAUGGGACCKUCRGUAAGUCACWUCAACCACUUCAAAGGACCCCCUGGCCCUCCCGGUCCCCCUGGCCCCCCAGGACCUCCCGGCGGUGGAUUCGACAUGGGCUUCAUUGCUCAGCCCGCUCAGGAGAAGGCCCCCGAUCCCUUCCGUCACUUCCGCGCCGACGACGCCAACGUGAUGCGCGACCGCGACCUGGAGGUAGACACCACCCUCAAGAGCCUGAGCCAGCAGAUUGAGAACAUCCGCUCUCCCGAGGGCACCAAGAAGAACCCCGCCCGCACCUGCAGAGACCUGAAGAUGUGCCACCCUGACUGGAAGAGCGGCGAGUACUGGAUCGACCCCGACCAGGGCUGCACCCAGGAUGCCAUCAAGGUUUACUGCAACAUGGAGACCGGCGAGACCUGCGUCUACCCCACCGAGGCCGAAAUCCCCAAGAAGAGCUGGUACACCAGRAAGAACAUCAAGGAGAAGAAGCACGUCUGGUUCGGCGAGGCAAUGACCGAUGGCUUCCAGUUCGAGUAUGGCAGUGAGGGUUCCAGCGCUCAGGAUGUUAACAUCCAGCUGACCUUCCUGCGCCUUAUGGCCACUGAGGCCAGCCAGAACAUCACAUACCACUGCAAGAACAGCAUCGCCUACAUGGACCAGCAGUCCGGCAACCUCAAGAAGUCCCUGCUGCUCCAGGGCUCCAACGAGAUCGAGAUCAGAGCCGAGGGCAACAGCCGCUUCACAUACAGCGUCACCGAGGACGGCUGCACGUCGCACACCGGUGCAUGGGGCAAGACAGUCAUCGACUACAAGACAACGAAAACAUCCCGUCUGCCUAUUAUUGACAUCGCUCCUAUGGACGUUGGUGCACCCAAUCAGGAAUUUGGCAUUGAAGUUGGCCCAGUCUGCUUCUUGUAAAAAAGAAAUCUGGACUUGAAAUUGUUUGUGUGUAUGUUGUUGUUUUUUUCUAGCAGUCAUCCCUCUCAACCCUUUUUUCUAUGCAUUUAAAAAAAAAACUAGAGUUUCAUUUGGCCCGUUCGAAUGGUCCACUUGCUUAAAACUGCACUUCUGAAGACAGUGGUUGUGUGUCAUCAAGCUUUUUUGGGGACCACUAUUACCACCACCAUCAACACCGAGGAUACUUUAGAAGACUCAAUGGUUUUACUGGCAAAAAGAAAAUAAUAUAUACUUGUAAAGUGUAAAAUCCCCCCUGGAGUUUGACAGAAAAAAACAUCCCAGAUACAGGUGACUUUUUUUUACCACUGCGGAAGGACAAUGAAAAAUAAAAUGCUUUGUACCACUUUCAGGUGAUGUCAAAUAAAUCUUAAAAAUGACAGUGAAGUGUCUCGUUGUUGUACUCACCUGUAGAAGCAGUUGUUCCUUCUGAAGUCACACGAAAAGCAGCAUUAAAGGCAUGGGUUCAACUUAUUUUUUAAUCUUAUGGCUACCUCAAAAAGGAAAUCCACGUUACCCAGUGUUGGUGAACCCCCAGGUUAGAUUUUACACGGCAGAAGUAUGUUUGAAAGUAACAGCUGCAAAAGGUGCUAUUCUUCAUGAGGUCCUGUCAAUGGAGGGUGAUCGAAAUUGUGCUAUUAUGUUGUCGUUCUUGCUUGCAGGACCUUAGGUGCUAAAUUAGCAGAUUAUCUUGAUGUCAGUCAUAAAAAGAUGUGUUUCAAGUAUUGGCUAAGAUCUCUGCAACAGAGGCGUAGCAAGAGGUAUACUGUAGUUAAGAUGCACACGGUCCUGUCUAGUGUAGAAUGAGCAGGUGGAUUUGUUGUCUGUCUUGUUUUUAACAUCUUUUGACACUUUUUGGUUGUUGUUUGUUUCGUUUUUAAAUCCCCCCUUUUGUUGUCCAAUUGCUUCUAGCAGUACCCCUCUUUCACCCCCCAUUUGUUUUAGUUUUUUGUUUGUUUUUCAUGGAAGGGUUUUGGAAAAAAAUUUAACACAGAAAAAAAUGAAAUAUCAAAUUAUGAGAGAAGCAGACACACCGUUGGGGGAUUAAAACAAGAGGAUCUGUACCUAUUUUGUAUAUGUAUAAAAAUUGGAGAUGUUUUUAAUUAUUUUGGAUGCUGAAAUAAAGCAUGUUAAGUGGUCUACCUUA